AGUCCUCGGACCAAACCAACCAGAGACGCGGAGAUCGCCGGGAUUUUUCUCCGAUGAGCGGCGGCGGCGGCAGCAGCAGUGUCCGGCGACCCGUAGCCGCCGCCAGGAGCCGCUCAGGUCCAGAGCCGGACGCGCGCCGGGCGGCCGCCGCCGCCGCCGCCGCCGCCGCAGCAGCAGCGCGGCGCCGUGGCCGCGGCGACCAUGGCCCCCUGCGGCUCAUGGAGGUGAGCCCACGGAACCUCCUCCUUGUAGGGACUGCUUCCGUCGCCCUCCUCGCCGUCGCCUUCGUGGUGUAUACCGGCGUGUGGCAGGGUAAGGCGGAUGGGGAGGUCGAGACGCCUCUGCGCAGGGCCGUGCGCUCCGUCACGCCGCUUGACGCGCCCAGGAUGAUGGAUCUGCCUCAGUUCCAAGGAGAUCACAAGGAAAGCUUGUAUUGGGGUACCUACAGGCCGAAUGUAUAUCUUGGAAUUCGUGCAAGAACCCCGUUGUCUCUAAUUGCUGGGAUAAUGUGGAUUGGUGCAAAGAAUGGGCAAUACUUUCUUCGUCAUGUUUGCCAAGAUUCUGAUGAGCUUAGCACAUAUGGGUGGACAGAUCACAAUGGGAGGGAUUAUGGACAUCAAGUGUUGGUUGAUCAUGGCUUGUUGUUGACCACGAGUUUCCUGAAAGAGAAAGGAGAGGGUAGCGGUUAUGGUGGAGAUUGGGCAGUUCGAUUGAAUGCGAAGACUGAUGGGCCAAGUUUAAGUGAAGACCAAGAAAGCACCACACACCUGUUUUUCUACAUCGCGGAUGAAGCAGGGAACUCAAUCACUAUGGAUUCGCAUAUACCUUCGUCAAGAGGUCAUGUUCUUUUGGCAUCUGGAUCCCGUGAGGAGAUUGGUGAUUGGAAAGUCUAUUUGAGAUCUGAGGAAAAUUUGGAAAUUCACAGAGCUGGAUUCAAAUCAAUUAGUAUGCACAAUCUAAGUGACCUAGUACAGCAAGCCCUUGCGACUAAUGCAAUGCAAAGUGGGAACCUUAACCUUCCAGACAUGGCAGAAGAUUCUUCAAAUGUAAUAGUAUAUCAGGUUUCCAUGAAACGUUCUGCCGAAGUCGACAUAGUCUUCUUGUCAGGGGCCGCCUCAGAAAACCCAAUGAUUGAAGAGCGCAUUAACAGGCUAACAGGUCCUGUUCUGAGCACUCGUCUUGAAUCAAAACAGAAGGAUUUUGAAAAGAGAUAUGACCAAAUUUUCAAUGCAAAUAAUAAGAUUAAUCCCAAAGAAUUAUCUGUUGGUGUUGCUGCUUUAUCAAAUCUUCUUGGUGGAAUUGGCUAUUUCUAUGGGCAGUCAAAAAUUGCACUUCCAAAAGGUUUUACACAAAAAAAUGGGGAUAAAUAUAUCCCAUAUUGGCCAGCUGCACUAUAUACAGCUGUGCCUAGUCGCUCAUUCUUCCCAAGGGGAUUUCUAUGGGAUGAGGGCUUCCAUCAGUUAGUCAUUUGGCGCUGGGAUGUGCAUAUAUCGAUGGAUAUAAUUGGUCACUGGUUAGAUCUAAUAAAUGCGGAUGGAUGGAUUCCUCGGGAGCAAAUAUUAGGAGCUGAAGCUUUAAGUAAAGUUCCUGAGGAAUUUGUUCUGCAGUACCCUUCCAAUGGAAAUCCCCCAACCUUAUUUCUUGCACUGCGUGAUUUGGCAAGUGGAAUACAUGCAAACCAGUUUUCAGAUGAGGAAUCUGAAAAGAUAUCCACUUUCCUUAAAAGGGCUUAUGUAAGGCUGAACUCUUGGUUUCAGUGGUUCAAUAGCACACAAACAGGGAAAUACGAAGGCACCUUUUAUUGGCAUGGAAGAGACAGCAUGGCCACCAGGGAGUUGAAUCCGAAGACUUUGACAUCUGGUUUGGAUGACUAUCCACGGGCAUCUCAUCCUAAUGAUGAAGAGCGCCAUGUUGACCUCCGGUGUUGGAUGCUUUUAGCUACGAAUUGUAUGUGCUCAAUUGCAGAGUUUCUUAAAACAGACAGCUCUCUUGAGAAGGAUUACUACAAGAUGUCAAAUCAACUUUCAGAUUUUGGGAUACUUAACAAGAUGCACUUGGAUGAUAAAACCGGUGCCUAUUUCGACUAUGGUAACCACACAGAAAAGGUUCGAUUGAGAUGGUAUGAAGUUAGAGAGAAUGAUGUUAUGAGACGAGAGCUUUUGCGUGAAACAUUACAACCCCCUCAGCUGCAAUUAGUACCUCAUGUCGGUUAUGUCAGCAUGUUCCCUUUCAUGAUGGGGGCCAUUCCACCUGAAUCAUGGGUUCUUGAGAAGCAGCUUGAUCUUAUAUCAAAUAGCUCUAUCCUGUGGACAAAUUACGGACUUCGGUCACUUUCUCGAACAAGUUCAAUAUAUAUGAAGCGCAACACUGAGCAUGAUCCCCCAUAUUGGAGAGGUGCCAUUUGGAUAAACAUGAACUACAUGAUUCUUUCAGGACUACACCACUAUGCACAUGAGGAUGGUCCAUACAAGGACAGGGCAAAGGAACUGUAUGAUGAGCUAAGAUCAAACCUGAUCAGGAACAUCGUGAAGAAUUACCAUGAAACUGGGUUCUUCUGGGAAAACUAUGACCAGAAGAACAAAGGAAAGGGUAAGGGUGCGAGGUCCUUUACUGGAUGGACUUCGCUUGUUGUUCUUAUCAUGGGCGAGUCCUACCCGACCCUACAUAGGUAAGCGAAUAUUCCAACAGAGAAACAACACAACAAAUCCCAAUUGGAAAUUUGGAAUGGAAGACCUGAACAUGAUUUAGCUCGAUUUUGACCCCAAAGAAAAACCCUCGGAAAAACUUUGAUCGUGGGGGUUUUGAACAAUAACCGGUGAUUACUCCGUGCUGCAUAUAUGGUUUGUGCCUUCUUGAGACAGUAGUUACGUAGCUAAUGAUAACAUUUAUCCUAGAUUCUGUAACUAGUGUCUCGAUAAACAUUUUUUUUGGGGCUUUGAGAUCCCUUUGGAGGAGCAAAGUAUGCACUAGAAUCGAGAGGUAAUGAAAUUCUAACGUAA